AUGAGCGGCUUCGACGGCGGCAACCCAUACGGCGCGAACUACAGCACGGGCGGCGGCUUCAUGGCCGGCGGCGAGGACAGCCCGAGCACCAAGAAGUCCGGCUCCAACAGUCUGCGGCCAGUGACGAUCCGGCAGAUCCUCAAUGCGCAGCAGCCGGCCGCUGAGGGCGACUUUACCAUCGACGGUGUGCAGCUUGGCCAGCUCACGUUCGUCGGCGUGGUGCGCAACGUGUCGUCCUUCCCGACGAACGUCUCGUACAGCGUCGAGGACGGCACGGGCAGCAUUGACGUGCGGCAGUGGCUGGACGGCAACGCUGAUGAGACGGGAAAGACGGACGGCAUUACGCAAAAUCGCUACAUUCGCGUGCUCGGCACGAUCAAGGCAUUCCAGAACAAGGUCUCGAUCUCUGCUGGCCACAUCCGGCCGAUCACCGACUUUGACGAGGUGAUGUUCCACAAGCUCGAGGCCAUCAACACGCAUCUGCAGCUGCUCAACGGCGCCGGCGCUUCGACUGGCGCCCCUCGCGCGGCGACUGGCGGCGCAGAGCAGAAGUUCUCGCACAUCGAGGACCCGCUGCAGCGCAAGGUGAUGGAGAGCAUCGCGUCGCUGGCCGAUGCGCACGAGGGCUCCGGCGUGCCCAUCGUGACUGUGGCGCGGCGCAUUGCGGGGUACAAGGAGCAGGACGUGCGCACCGCCGUCGAGAACCUGGUCACCGAGGGCUACCUCUUCACUGCUGAGGACGACGAGCACGUCCUGCCGAGCUGAGCGGUGCCGCGCCGGGCCGCUCGCUCUGCGUGUGGCCGGCCUACGAAGCAUUCUUCUCUGUACACCCUCCCUUCCUUCACCUGUACUCUAGUCCUGACUGCACACCAUCACUGCUUCCCUG